AUGACCGAAUCUACGGCCUAUCCCUCAGAGAUGGACGAAAGCAAGCUGUCUUCACCCAUCCCUUCCCCAACUGGAACCCAAGACGGCCUUUCGGCAGACAACGCACACGUUGCCAAUGAACGAGACCAAGCGAACUAUAUGCACCCGGAAGAGCAAGGGUAUAAUUGCACCUUGGAAAUAAAUGGGAAAUCCCGUGCAGAAAAUACCAAUGCACCCGAGGAGGUGCCAUUCAGGCCUUCGAAGGAUUCACCUACAUCGGUGAGCCCUCGACGACCAAAUAUUCUGGCAAACAGUGCGCAAAGGUCCUUCAGCCAAAGCCACCGGCAGCCUCACACCGGAGCGCCUGCCUCUCCCCGCCAUCCAAGUGUACAGUUUACCCGAGAGCCUUCCGAGAAUGAUCACUUCCCGGAAUCAAAUAAUCAAUCUAGACCCUCGUCUGCUAUGGGUGAUGACGUGGAUUCAGGAUUGAAGGGAAAACAAUCUAUCUUUACUAAAUUAAAAGCCUUUGCAGCCUCACCAUCAUUUAACUCGCAUUCGCGGUCAGCGAGUGGCGCAACAAUCGGAGACCAAAGGCAGAUUAAUCAUGACUUUGCCACUCCCGGUUCUGAAAGGGGGGAGUUUCGUUUUCCAAACACUCUAGAAGAGGAGGGGAGCGAUGUCGAUGCCGAUGCUGAGGAAAGUGCCGGAGAACAACAUGUCCGCCAGCGCAAAAAGAAGAAACAGAUACGACGACCGCAGGGAGACGAGUCUGCUCCACAAACAGAGCCGAACACACCAAAAGCCACGAGCCGACCGUCAUUCAAUCUAACUGCCCCGUUUGCACCUUUCGAAAAUUAUCGUCCGAACUUCUUCCCUCGGCGAAACACCGGGGACUACAGCCAACACCGCGACGGGGUAUCGGAGGAUGAGGGUCGGGAUCGGCUCAAUAGGGAUACAGCCUGGAGACGGAGAAGUGCUUGGCUGGCGAACAGCCGUGGAGUAACCAAUAGCGGGCGACAAUUGGAUUCGCAAACGAACCCAGAUGAGAGACGGCCCAGUAACCUUAGGCGCUUAACUGGGUUCGGGCCGUCGGAGAAUGCAGAAGGACCCUCUGCGCCCUGGAGGCGACAUCGAGCAGAGCGUGGUUCAAGCCUUAGCGCCCAAAGAUGGCGACAGAUAAAGGCCGGGCUGAAGCUAAUCGGACGGCGCAGGGUUGACAGCACUGUAGACCAUGCCAAGUCAGCCGAGCUGCUUGCUGAGCUGACUUCAGGGGUACCUGCAGCUUUGAUUUUAGCCAGCAUGUUUCAACGUGAUGAACAUGGGAGCAAACGAAUCCCAAUCCUUCUUGAACAGCUCAAGGUUCGAGUUACGGACAGCAAAAUUGACUCUCAUUCUGGAGAUCGCCACCUCGUAUUCAGAAUUGAGCUUGAAUAUGGUAGUGGUAUGACACGGAUGAAGUGGAUAAUUCACCGAACAUUGAAAGAUUUCGCAAACAUCCACCUCAAAUACAAGCUUCAUUUUGGAACUCAAAAGUACAUACAAUUGCGGAACCCCGAAGGCGGGCAAAAUCUUCCGCGUUUUCCUCGGAGUGCGUUUCCAUACUUGCGAGGCGUCCGCGGCCUGGACAGUGACAUGGAGGACGAAGAAGAGGAAGGUGGCUAUGAGACAGCUGCAGAGGCAACGAGUGGCAACGAGAGAACCGGCAAGAAGCAACAGCAAUCUCGUCGGCGAUCGUCGGGUGGUAUAUCUCGACGACAGUCUACUGUGACGAAUACAGAAGGAGAAGGAGCUGCAGGUACGGCAGAAGCCGGCCCGGCUACUAAGCGAGAGAGUUAUCCAGAGAGACAGAGGAAAAAGCUGGAGUCCUACCUUCAAAAGUUGAUCCGUUUCCUGAUCUUUAAGCCUGAUAGCAACCGCUUGUGUAAAUUCUUGGAGCUGUCCGCACUGGGUGUUCGCCUUGCUGCCGAAGGCAGCUAUCAUGGCAAAGAAGGUUAUUUGGUCAUUCAAUCAUCCAAAGGCCUCGAUUUCCGGAGGGCAUUGACUCCGGCUAUGGUAAAGAAGCGCCAUUCACCAAAAUGGUUCCUUGUCAGACACAGCUAUGUCGUGUGCGUCGACUCCCCCGAAGAGAUGAACAUAUACGAUGUAUUUUUGGUGGAUCCCUUUUUCAAACUCCAAACCCAAAAGAUCAGUUUACGGAAUCAGAAGGCUAAAGAGCUUGCAAAGUCGGCGAAGGAGUCAGCUAGGCAUCCACAACAUCACACGUUGAAACUCGAAAACUCGGAGCGAAAACUGAAGCUCUUGGCCAGGAAUGAACGCCAGCUUCAUCAAUUUGAAGAUUCUAUCCGGUUUAUGGUCGAAAACACCCCUUGGGUAAAACCGAAUCGAUUCGACAGCUUUGCCCCGGUGCGUCAAAACUGUUUCGCCCAAUGGCUGGUUGAUGCUCGUGACCAUAUGUGGGUAGUUUCGCGCGCGAUUAACCAGGCAAAAGACGUUAUCUAUAUCCAUGACUGGUGGCUCAGUCCCGAGCUUUAUAUGCGGCGGCCAGCUGCUAUCAGCCAGAAAUGGCGUUUAGAUCGCCUUCUUCAGCGUAAGGCUCGCGAAGGAGUUAAGAUUUUUGUUAUAAUGUACCGAAACAUUAACUCCGCCAUCCCCAUUGACUCAGAAUACUCCAAGUUUUCCCUCCUUGACCUGCAUCCAAAUAUCUUUGUCCAAAGAUCUCCCAAUCAGUUCAGGCAAAACACUUUCUUUUGGGCGCACCAUGAAAAACUAUGCAUCAUUGACCACACCCUGGCUUUCGUUGGAGGUAUUGAUUUAUGUUUCGGCAGAUGGGACACACCACAACAUCUACUCACGGAUGACAAGCCGACGGGGUUCGAGACACCCGAUGGACCCAAGGAUGCGGACCACUGCCAGCUUUGGCCCGGCAAAGACUAUUCCAACCCGCGAGUCCAAGACUUUUAUGACCUGGACAAACCUUACGAAGAGAUGUACGAUCGAAAUGUCACCCCCAGAAUGCCCUGGCACGAUAUAUCAAUGCACGUUGUUGGUCAGCCAGCUCGAGAUCUCACUCGCCAUUUUGUCCAACGCUGGAAUUAUAUUCUGCGUCAGCGAAAGCCAACACGACCAACGCCAUUUUUAUUGCCACCGCCUGAUUUUGACCCUGCAGACUUAGAAGCCCUUGGCCUUGAUGGAACCUGUGAACUUCAAAUAUUGCGUUCCAGCAGCGCAUGGUCGACUGGCACGUCGGACAUCACAGAGCACAGUAUCAUGAAUGCCUAUGUCAAACUGAUUGAAGAAUCCGAGCAUUUCGUAUACAUCGAGAAUCAGUUUUUCAUCAGUACAUGUGAGAUUGAGGGUAGAAAGAUCGAGAAUCUAAUCGGGGACGCGCUGGUGGAACGAAUUACUCGGGCCGCGAAAAAUAAGGAAGCAUGGCGCGCCACCAUCAUAAUUCCCCUGAUUCCCGGGUUUCAGAAUACCGUGGACAGCGAGGGCGGGACAAGUGUCCGCCUUAUCAUGAUGUGUCAGUAUCGGAGUAUCUGUCGAGGAGAGACCUCUAUAUUCGGAAGACUGCGAGCUUUGGGUAUUGAACCUGAGGAUUAUAUCCAGUUCUUUAGCCUUCGUACUUGGGGGAAGAUAGGUCCACAGAAACAGCUGGUCACUGAGCAGCUUUACAUCCAUGCCAAGUGCAUGAUUGUGGAUGACCGGGCCGCAAUUAUUGGGUCUGCAAAUAUCAAUGAGCGGUCCAUGCUAGGAUCGCGGGAUUCAGAGGUAGCAGCCGUAGUACGCGAUACAGAUAUGAUUUGGUCUACCAUGAAUGGCCGCCCAUAUCUCGUAGGACGGUUUCCACAUACCCUGCGUAUGCGUCUCAUGAGGGAGCAUCUGGGCAUAGACGUCGAUGAGUUGAUGGAGCAUUCAAUGGCGACCGAGGAAGAGCUGCGAAGGAUUGAAAUCGCAGAACAAGACACCAAGCCAGCAGAAGACCAGGAAAGACCCGAUUCUGAAUCCCUUAUGCAGGAGAAGCAAACUGAACGGGAUAUGAUCGAACGCCGACAUCGUAUGCAGGAUGAAUUUCUCUCACGAUCUGAAGACAUGCACAGUUUUAAUCACGAUGUUGAUUGGGAGCAGAGUAAUAAUCCGAAUCUCAAAUCGAACAGAAAGCUCACUGCCGAUGCGAGGGUGACCGCCAAUCAAGAGCACAAAAAGGAUGUCGACGGCUUCGGGCUUGAUCGUCUUAAUACUGCGGUACAAGCUGGAUUGGGAGACGCCCGCGAUUCCGAACUUUUGGACGCCAGGACUGAGGUGUUACUCUCUCCCAUCGCGUGUGAAGGUAAGGGCACUGUUCGGCAGCCGAAGCAAUCGCCACGACAAAACACGCAACCUAGUGAUAGAAAGCCCAAACAAGCAUCUCCUGAUAGAGCAACUAAUGAUGCCGAGCCGAAUUUAAUUGUGGAAGGACUUCCAGCUGCUCGUCAUCCCGUACUAGCGUCGGGGCAAGAGACUGAGAGCAGCAACGGCAGCGCUGCCGUAACAUCCAAAGAUAAACACGACACGUCUAAGUACCAUCUGCUAGGCCCGGACGUGAAACAUAUCUUCAUCGACCAAAAUUGCAUGAGAGACCCUGUGAUCGAUUUGUUCUACCUAGACACCUGGUACGCCGUUGCUGAUAAAAACACGAAGAUUUUCCGGAGUGUUUUUCGUUGUAUGCCUGAUAGCGAAGUGAAAUCCUGGAAAGAGUAUAAAGAAUAUACCGCCUAUGCUGACCGUUUUGCGGAGAUGCAAAACCAUCACAGCUCUAAAGCACCCCACUUAUCAUAUCAACAUCAAAGACUGACAGGCCCACCUGGGGCGGGUACCGUACCUGGCUUAGGUGUCAAACCAAAUCUGCAGGUUGCUGGUAAUAGUGCAGAGAAAUCGCCGAUCGACAGUCCUGAAUACCAGGGAGCUGGUGCUACACAAAAUCUCGGCGAGCGAUCACCAUCCGAGCUGGCAAAACAGGAAAUGGUAUCGUCUUUGGACGAGAAAGCUGCUCAGAGCGCAACAGACGUGUUAUUCUCAGGAAACGGACGAAAUGGGCGCCACGAAGAAAACGGUUCAUCUGGAGAAGAUCUCGAGAAGCAGCGCUCGGAUCUCCCCCUGGUUGACUACUCAGAUGCCUUGAACCGGAAUGCUACGACGCAGUCGCGACGGCGAAGACGAAGAGCAACAACAUUGGGUUCAAAAAGAGACUUCCAUGCAUCAGAUGAAAUGAUGGAUAGGCAGCGAGCAGAGGAUCUCUUGGAGCAGGUCCAGGGGCAUCUCAUCCUGUGGCCGUAUGACUGGCUCGAGAAAGAGGAACAGGGCGGGAAUUGGCUCUACACGUUGGAUCAGAUCUCUCCACUGGAAAUAUACAAUUAA